AUGCCGCCGCCAUUGGUGCCUACGCAGCUGAAAUUCUCGCGUCAUGCAUCAACGAAAAGCCGACCCUUUCUCCGACGGCUUUUUGGCCUCAAGCGGCAUAAAGCUUCCGACCACAAGGAUCAAGGCCCGGCUGGCCCUGGGCUUAUGGAUGAGGGAACGGAGGGGAUGUUUAAUAUUGGCCGCAGCAUAUCAGCUAAGGCGUCAAAUGAACUGCGAAUUCGAUGCACGGAGUUUGAUAUCAAUGGAGACGUUACACUCGUUAACGGAGAGUUCCGGAAGCAGGAGCUGAUUGCCAAGGUUGGUAAAAAGGUCUCGAGUCUGAGUUUGACAUUUGCUAACCGGUGCAUCACGAUUCAGUAUGGCCUUCUUCCCCGAGAUCUACGUAAGAUUGAUUCGUCGACUCUCCCUCAUAUCCUGGUACGACCUAGAGCAAUUCUCAUCAAUCUAUUGCAUCUGCGCGUCCUCAUCAAAGCGGACCGGGUACUCGUUUUUGACGCGUAUGGAUCAACAGACUCAUACAUGCAAUCGCUGUUCAUCUACGAUUUAGAAGGAAAGCUCCGCCAAAGGCAACCCCAGGGUGCCAGUCAACCGCUGCCGUACGAGUUUCGCGCGCUGGAAGCCGUCCUCAUUAGUGUCACGAGUGGCCUAGAAGAGGAGUUUAAUGGAGUGAGAGAUCCUGUUGUGCGGGUUCUUCGUGCACUCGAGGAGGACAUUGACCGAGAUAAGCUCCGGCAUCUCUUGAUCUACUCCAAGAAACUGGGUACAUUUGAGCAGAAAGCUCGCCUGGUACGAGAUGCCAUUGAUGAUUUGCUGGAGGCGGAUGAUGAUUUAGCAGCAAUGUACCUAUCUGAGAGAUCGGUCGGCAAAGAGCGAGAAGAGGAUGACCACCAAGAAGUGGAAAUGCUUCUGGAGUCAUACCACAAAGUGUGCGAUGAGAUUGUUCAGGCCAGUGGAAACUUGGUGACGAGUAUUCGCAAUACGGAAGAAGUAGUCAAGGCUAUCCUUGAUGCCAACCGCAACUCGCUCAUGCUCAUGGAUCUCAAAUUCAGCAUUGGAACACUCGGCCUCGCAACAGGAACAUUAUUCUCCGCUCUCUACGGCAUGAACUUGAAGAAUUUCAUUGAAGAAUCGGAUUUCGGUUUUGGGGCUGUCUCCGUGUUCUGCUUUGCUCUGACUGGUGUCGUCUGUGUCUACGGUCUCUCCAAACUGCGCAAGCUUCAACGCGUCCGCAUGUGGGGUGAAUCCGGCGUGGGAGGCUCCACCUUCUCCCCGCUCUCCCCGAAGCGCAGCGCGCUCGGUGGGAAUCGGACUAACUGGCGUGCCGAUUCAAUCGAACCGGUAUGGGGAAGUCUCCCAGGGGAGGGCCGACCCGAACGCCUGAGACGCCUCAAGGAGAAUGCGGCUGCGGUUGCAGCUCAAGCUGCAUCAAAAACGACACCUGCCAACUCCAAGGCUGCUAUGCAAGCAUCAGCCACGGCCUCUAACAACGCUCGUGCGGAAAGUGGCAGCAGUGGAAAAGAGGCCGCUUGCCCCGAAGAUCAUAUGAAGUCUGAUGCCUGA